AUGUGGACUGAACCGGAGAAGGCGACGUGGGCUUCGAAGCGGACAAUAGCGGGGCACGCGGCGAUGGGUUCGCCGGGUUCGGGUCAGCCGACGGCAAAACGGGGUUGGACUGAGGUUCUGGCGAUGUCGCGGAUGGCGGAGCGUUGCGGGCGGCCGGCGUCCGAUGGUGACACCGGCGGCGAUUUCGAUGGCGAAGCCGGCGGUGACUCGUCGGUCCUCGGGGGUGACCUCGAUUUGAAAGCUUGUUGCUUGAUUCUCACCAUGGUUUUCAGAUUUUCACUCAAUUUCUCAAUUUUUGUUCUCAAAUCUUCUGCUCAAAUUUCCGCUCGAUGUCAGACUCUUUUGGAAGAAGAUAAAGUGACGCACGCCCAGGUCAAUGGAUAUUGGGCUAUGUCCUUAACUUGUCUGGCCCAAUAA